CAGAAAAGGAGAAAAGGUAACUCCACUUAAUCUCUCCGGCUGAUUAUAAACCCGACCAUCUCGCUCUGUUGUGAAACCCCAAUAAACAGACUGCAGCAAAAUAAACACGACAAAUUGCCAAAUACAUAGCAAAGAUUUAAAGGAUUUACAGCUCAAACAACUGUAUAAAGAACAAAGGAUUUAGAGCUCAAAUCCUUGUGUAAUGCUAGUAAAGAGAAGAAGGAUUCAAAUCUCAAACCCUCGUGUUAUGGUAAUAAAUAUCUUUUCUUGAGGAUUAAUAAAAAUUCUUAUCCAUGCCGGAUGAAAUCUUAGCGCAGGCUAUGGCUCUUUCCUCUCACUCGGAAAGGCAGGCGUUAGUGAAGGCUUGCGUAUCCCGGGACUGGUCUAAGGCCAUUCGUAUUCUUAAUUCCAUUAUUGAGCAGUCUUGCACAGUACAGGACAUAUGCAACCGAGCAUUUUGUUACAGCAAGCUGGAGUUGCAUAAGCACGUGGUCAAGGAUUGCGAGAAGGCACUGGAGCUGGAUCCGAAUAAUCUCCAAGCUUGUAUUCUUAAAGGUCAUGCAUUGACUGCUUUGGGCAAGCGGCAGGAUGCAGUGCAGGCUUGGAAGGAAGGUUAUGGAUAUGCACUGGGCCGAUCCGUGGAUCUAAAGCAACUACUCGAUUUGCAGGAAUUACUAGCUGAUUUAAAAAGUGAUUUAUCAGUGGUCAGUGAUAGUGAAAAUGGAGAGUCACCAAAUUCAACACUGACUUCUUCCAACUCAAAUUGUACAAGCCCUUUCCAAUCUGUUGAGAAGGAAAAGCUUUCCAGAAAGGAAAACACUACUGAGAAGGAAAAACCUGUUGAGAGGACAAAACCUUCACAUAAAGAGGUUGAUGUAGGCUCUCAAGUUGCUCAAAAAACUCGGUCAAUAAGCUUGGAUCUUCGGUUAUCAAGAGGAAUAGCCCAGGUUAAUGAGGGCAAUUAUGAACAUGCCAUAACUAUAUUUAAUCAGAUAUUGAGGGAUAAUCCAACAUCGGCUGAGGCACUAAUAGGAAGAGGAACUGCAUAUGCAUUUCAAAGAAAGCUUGAAAUUGCAAUUUCAGAUUUUUCUAAGGCAAUACAAUCAAAUCCCUCAACUGGGGAGGCAUGGAAACGACGUGGGCAGGCAAGAGCAGCAUUAGGAGAAAACAAAGAGGCAGUUAAAGACCUAACGAGAGCACUAGAAUUUGAUCCGAAGUCAUCAGACAUUUUGCACGAAAGAGGUAUGGUAUUCUUCAAAUCCAAGGACUUUGAAGAUGCCGUAGCAGAUCUGGGUACAUGUGUACUGUUGGAUAAGGAUAAUAAGUCUGCAUACAGUUACAUGGGAUUAGCACUAGUAGCUGUCGGUGAACACAAGAAAGCAUUUGAAGCACAUAGAAAAGCAGUGCAGCUCGAUCCAUGUUUCAAAGAGGGAUUGUGUCAUAUGGCACAGUCAUAUCAAGAGCUAGGAGAAUCUGAGAAGGCUGUGGAAUGCUUGGAGAAAGUUUUGUCCAUUGAUGAAAGGUUUGUAAAUGCAUAUCGUUUGCUGGGAAUUCUUCGACAUGGAUUGGGAGACCAUAAGAAUGCUAUUAAAGAGCUGUCUGCUGGUUUGGAGUGGGAUGAGUCGAAUUUAGAAUGCUUAUACCUGCGAGCAUCUUGCUGGCAUGCAGUUGGAGAUUAUAAAAAUGCGAUGAAAGACUAUGAUGCCGUUCUUAAUCUCGAUGUUGAUUCUCAAGAGAAAUUUGUACUUCAGUGCCUAGCCUUUUAUCAGCGUGAACUUGCUUUAUAUAUUGCUUCAAAAGCCAAUGUAUUCUUCAGCUGGUUUGACAUUGAUGGUGAUGUACAUCCUUUGUUCAAAGAGGCCUGGUGUAAGAGACUGCAUCCAAAAGGGGUAUGUGAAGUAGUGGUAAGACAACCACCACUGCGGGAGUCCUUAAAAAAAGGUCGUCUGAAACAGCAAGAUUUUGUAAUGACAAAGCCUAAGAAGAUACUACUUCAAGCUGCAGAUCGUAUUGGUGAGAAAAUCCAAUGCUACUGUCCCGGUUUCCUAAAGAAUAAGCGUCAGCAUCGCAUGGCAGGCUUAGCUGCACUGGAAGUUGCUCAAAAGGUAUUAAAUACAUGGCAGGCUCUGCGAGAGUCGAGCAUAUCUGGAAAUGUAAGUGAAUCCAAAGUUGGGAAAAGAACAAAGAAAAAGGAGCGGGGUAACACGGUCAGUCAGAAUCGUGGGGGUGUGUGUUCUAGUAGCACCAGAAGCAGUGAGGCUUCAACAUCUUGUAGUUGUCAUGAAGAAAAGUCUUCAUUGGGUCGCUUUACACUGGGUUGGCAAGAUAUUUAUUCUAUAGCUGUAAAGUGGAGACAGGCUUCAGAACCUUGUGACCCUGUAGUUUGGGUCAACAAAUUAAGUGAGGAGUUCAAUGCAGGGUUUGGAUCCCAUACACCUAUAAUUCUUGGACAAGCAAAGGUGGUUCGCUACUACCCAAAUUUCAAUAGGGCAUUUUCUAUUACAAAGACACUGAUGCUUGAGGGAAAAGAUGUGUACAAUGCUGCCAAUAACCUGGUAGAUCUGUCAGACCCUGCAAAGCUGGAAGCUAUAAAGGCUGCCCAAACUUGUUCUGAACUCUACAGUACCAUCGAUGAGGACUUUUGGGUAGUAACUUCCUGCCACAGCAAAGCUUAUGAGGGGAAAAUUCUCGAGGGAACACGUUUGACAAUGCAAAAGAAAGGAGAAAAGGCUUUUGAUUUUUCAAUAAGGACACCCUGUACCCCACAACGAUGGGCAGAUUAUAAUGCUGAAAUGGCUGCAGCCUGGGAGGCUCUUUGUGAGACAUACUGUGGUGAACCAUAUGGAUCAACGGACAUAAGUUGCUUGGAGAAAGUUCAGGAGUGCAUUUUGAGAUUAUCCUUUUACUGGUAUAAUUUCAUGCCAUUGUCACGAGGAACAGCUGCUGUUGGCUUUGUAGUAUUACUUGGUCUAUUUCUUGCAGCCAACAUGGAGUUCACUGGAAAAAUCCCAGAGGGUGUACAGGUGGACUGGGAAGCAAUCCUGUCUACAGAUUUUCAAUCGUUUGUGCAGGCUGUUCAACCUUGGUUGUAUCCAUCAUUGAAAACAGGCACAUCAUGGCAGACACUUCCUAUCAUCUCAACAACAUUUUUAACAACAGCAUCUGUCAUCGCAGCAUUGAGUACCUAUGAGUCCCAACCUUCUAAUGUUUAGCAUUACCGUCUUCAACAAGGACUCCUUAGAUCACAUUAAAUUCAUUACAGAAUGCAAUUUGGUGGAAGUAGAAUUUUUUAUUCUCCACUUGCAUUGAUAAUCAAACUAAUGUAUCCAUAGGUACAGGCUGCCUAACCCUAUUUUUUGCAUUGCAUUUAUUGCAAUGCUCUUCUACCAAAGUCGGUUGAGAAAAUAAAUAAUUAUUUGUCAAUUUGCCUGAGAUUUUGUAGUUAAAGAGUUGUGUCAGCGAAGCUUAAGGCUGUAUAAAUGGCUAUCUCCAUUAGUGCCAAAUAUAGCCUUGAUUUUUCGUCACUUCCCUCUAUGAUGAGAAUCUUGCUUCAUGACAAUUCUCGUUUUAUUGUCAAAGCUGUUGGCUACUUUUUGAAGGCUGUCCAUAUGUUUAUUUGAUUGUUUUUCAUUAAUGUUGAUAACGUGGAAAUAAUGUCUAUACAUGUUAUUUUUCUUUAAAA